GGCCCCCUCUUCGCAUGCGCAGACGCCGUACAGAGCCAAAUACUUUUUCUGGACGGCUAUAAACAAGAAGGGCCGGCUUCUGAUAUUUAUUCUUCACAUCCCGUCACACCAAGCAAUAAAUAGAAGAUUCAAUACAUAUCCUAUUCAAAUCCGGCAAUCAUUUGUACAGCUUGCAUAAAUCACAUUAGUUAUCCACAUUUACUAGAAGCACUUGAACGCAGCACGGGCAUAACAGGAAAUGAGAUGAGUUGUCGUUUUGGGCCGUAGUUUCGAGAGACGCACAUCGUAAAACGGUUUUCCGGGUAACUUUUCAUCCACUGCCCUGUGCCGCCUUGCCAGAUCAUCUUUCCCCAGGCCCCGUGUGUGUACUCUUGGGAUGCAGUGCCUGGAGGAGGACCUGACAUGCUCCGUAUGCUACUCUCUGUUCUCGGACCCCAGAGUCCUGCCUUGCUCGCACACCUUCUGCAAAACCUGCUUGGACAGCCUACUCCAGGUGUCUCAUAACUACUCCAUCUGGCGCCCUCUUCGCAUGCCUCUCAAAUGCCCCAACUGUCGUAAUGUGGCGGAGCUGCCCCCUACUGGCACAGAAGCUCUGCCCUGCAACGUGUCGCUGAAGGCAAUCAUUGAGAAAUACCAGAAAGAUGGUCAUCCUACUGGGACAUUUUGUGAGGAGCAUCAACAACAGCCACUGAACAUGUAUUGUGUUCAGGACCGGCAGCUCAUCUGUGGCUUAUGUCUGACUAUUGGACAGCACCAGGGACACCCCAUAGAUGACCUGCAGACUGCAUACAUCAGAGAGAAGCAUACUCCACAGCAGCUGGCUAAACUCUCUGAGCAGAAAUGGACACAGGUUUGUGAACUAGGGAAGCAACUAGAGCAGGAAAAGGAACGCUGUGAUGAUGUUUUGCAGCAGGAUAGACAGGAGGUUCUUCAGUUCUUUCAAUCGUUGGAGGCAACACUGGUCAAGAAGAAGCUGGCAUAUCUGGAUGCUCUUGACAAAGCCUGCUCAGAAGUGGCACAUGCUUAUGACCCACUGAUCUAUAGAGUGAAGGAGCUGCAGGAGGAGCAGUUGGAUCUGGUAUCCUUGGGCUCUGCUGUGGAGGAUGAGGAUUCAGCACUGGUUUUCUUGGAUAAAGUUCAUUUAUUUAGGGAGCGAGUGGAGGAGUUCAUCCAAACACCUUUGCCAUCCUCGUUGAGCCUCUCCGUGAGCCCUCGAGCUGCAGAUUACCUACACACACACUGGCCCGCUGUCACUAUCUGCAGCUUGGAUCAGGCCCCUGUUCCUAAAGUGACAUGUUGUACAAGAUGUUGUUCACAGGCAGUUUGUGAUCAUCCUGCCUCCUGGCCCCAGCAGCUUUGCCUUGGACCCCUAAUGGCAUGCACGCUGCUUCUAGGACUACUUAUAGCUGUGUGGGGAUAUACUGAAGGUGCAACAUCAUAUGACUUCUCUCAGCUAUCCAACAUCAGUGAGGUGGUCCACAAUAUCAGCAAUGAACUCAUCUCCUCAGUUUGGAGCUCAGCAGAGUUAGUGGUCACCUAUGUACACAGGUCUCAUCUUGUUGCAAUGGGAGAACAGUUUUUCCAGAAGCUUGGUAAAUUAACAUACUGGUAUGAAUAAAAUCCAACUCAUUCAACAUUAGACAUCAUGGUUCACUUCUAACAGUAUUUUGAUUAGUUACAUACUUUAUACUUAAAUGUGAAUGAUCGUAUUUACUUGAGACAUCAGAGUUUGAUUUAAGGAAUUCAUUCAGUCUUGUUUCUUGCUAAAUUAAACGUAUUAGCAUCUUAAUGUUUUAAAAUGUAAAACUGAAUAGACCAAGCUCUACAGCUGUAUGAGAGCAGUUCUACAAAUGUGUACUUUUUCAUUUUUACUUACCACUUUAUUUAGUCCCGUGAGAUAAGCCAUUGGCUCAAACUAGUAUUAAGCUACUAAAGUUGUGUGAUUUAAAUAACUCUCCAAACAUCACUUUAAUCAUUUGUGCAUUUUAAAAUUACUUUAAAUAAAUAACAUUGUUUUAUUGCA